AUGCCCCCAAUCCCACCGUCGCGCCUGGUCGCGCUACAAUCCAACUCCCAGAACAUCCGCAACAUCUGUAUUCUCGCACACGUCGAUCAUGGCAAGACAUCUCUCACAGACUCGCUCAUUGCUACCAAUGGCAUCAUCUCCCCCAAGAUGGCGGGUAAAGUCCGCUACCUGGACUCAAGACCGGACGAACAGAUACGGGGGAUUACCAUGGAGAGCAGCGCCAUCAGUUUGUACUUCAGCAUGAUGCGCAGGCAAAAGGAAGGUGAAGAGGCGAAGAAGGAGGAAUACCUGAUAAAUCUAAUAGACAGUCCUGGUCACAUUGACUUUUCGUCAGAGGUCAGCACGGCUUCAAGGUUAUGCGAUGCCGCAGUUGUCCUCGUUGAUGCGGUCGAAGGCGUGUGUUCACAGACCGUCACAGUGCUUCGACAGGUAUGGUUAGAGAAGCUGAAACCUUUACUCGUCAUCAACAAGAUCGACAGGCUCGUGACCGAACUGAAAAUGACUCCAGGCGAGGCAUACUCACAUCUGGAGCGAGUCCUCGAGGGCGUGAAUGCUGUCAUAGGAGGCUUCUUUCAAGGCGAGCGUAUGGAAGAGCAUCUCAUGUGGCGGGAAAAGAUCGACCAGGAGAGAGCCGCCAAGGAACAGCGGAAGCAGGAUGCCAUGAGCGACACCGCUUCCGAGGCCGACCUGGAUCAACAGUUCGAGGAGCGGGACGACGAGGACCUCUAUUUCGCUCCGGAGAAGAGCAAUGUCAUCUUCGCCAGCGCAAUAGAUGGGUGGGCAUUUACCGUCCGUCAAUUUGCGGGCAUCUAUGAGAAGAAGCUAGGUAUCAAAAGAUCCCUUCUGGAAAAGGUGCUCUGGGGUGACUUCUAUUUGGAUCCAAAGACCAAAAAGGUACUCGGUCAGAAGCAUCUUAAAGGAAGAAAUCUGAAACCAAUCUUUGUGCAACUUGUGUUGGAGCCUAUCUGGCAAGCAUACGACGCCACGGUUGGCAUCAAUGGCGCUCGGGGUGAUCCAGCGCUGUUGGAGAAGAUAACCAGGUCUUUGUCUAUCAAUUUGCCUGCCCACAUCAUGAGGUCGAGGGAUUCCAAAGCCAUCUUACAAGCCGUCUUUUCCUCAUGGCUGCCACUCUCAACAGCCCUUCUUGUCUCUGUCAUCGAAUACUUGCCAAGCCCUCCCACUGCCCAAGCAAGUCGGUUACCGGAAAUGAUUGAGGAUCUGGUCAGUUCAAAGAGUAUUGACCAGUCUCUGAAAGAUUCCAUGAUCAAUUUCGACACCUCUAGCUCUGCACCAGUUGUGGCGUAUGUGAGUAAGAUGGUUGCCAUUCCCGAGAGUGAACUCCCCUCCAAGCGACGGAAACUGGGCACCACCUUAACAGCAGACGAAGCCAGGGAGCUCGCCCGACAGAAGCGUGCUGAAAUCGCCAGAGCGCAGGCUGAAGCAGAAGGCGGGAACGGUGUGGAUAGUAUAACGAAUGGACUGAACACGGCCAGGAUAGGCGAGGAGGGCGAAGAAGGGACGACGCCAGAGCAAGCGGAGGAUCCAGAACACUUGAUCGGGUUUGCCAGACUUUAUUCAGGGUCGCUCUCGGUUGGAGACGAAGUCUACGUCCUGCCACCCAAAUUCAAUCCAGCUUUUCCUCAUGCUUCCCCAGAGCCGAAGAAGGUGCCCAUCACGGCCCUCUAUCUCCUCAUGGGCCGAUCAUUAGAGCCGCUGGACAAAGUACCAGCAGGAGUGGUGUUUGGAAUCGAAGGACUGGAAGGCCACAUUCUCAAGACCGGCACGUUGUGCUCGCAAUUAGAAGGGGCUAUCAAUUUGGCUGGUGUCUCAACGCUUAGCCAGCCUAUCGUCAGAGUUGCCCUUGAACCCACGAACCCAAUGGACCUAAACAAGAUGAUCAAGGGACUGAAAUUGCUUGAACAAAGUGAUCCUUGUGCUGUCUACGAACAGAUGGAGAGUGGAGAGCAUGUCAUCUUGACCGCCGGGGAGCUGCAUCUCGAACGGUGCCUCAAAGACUUGCGAGAGCGAUUUGCAAAAUGUGACAUUCAGCCUGGUGAACCCAUCGUACCUUAUCGAGAAACCAUCGUGAAGGCGGAAGAAAUGGAACCCCCGAAGAAUAAAGAUCUCCCGCGAGGCACGGCGAUCGCGGUGACUGCGUCAAAGACGGUUUCUGUCAGACUAAGGGUUCGACCUCUGCCGUCAAAUGUAACGGAGUUUCUAAUCAAUAACGGAGCCUCGAUCAGGAGACUAUACGCGGAGAAGCAAGCACAGGAGGAAGGGACCACAAAAGACUCCCAAGAGGUUGAAAAAGAGGAAAUAAACGACCUGGGCAACGAUGCUGGGGGACAGGAAAGGGGCCAACUUUCGCUUGAAGAAUUCCGAAAUCAACUUCAAGCAGCUUUCGACGAGGUGAAAGAGGACAAGGAAGUCUGGGCAAAAGUUGUGUCCAGGAUAUGCAGCUUUGGUCCUCGACGGGUGGGACCCAAUUUAUUCAUCGACGCGACCGGAGAACAUACCUGUAAGCGGUUCUUGUUCGAGCAGCACGAAAUCGUCGAGAGGGAGGGCGAUGCAAAUGGGACCAAAAGCAGCAGCGACGCCGUGGGUAAGCAAGAUUUCUCCGACACAAUCGCUUACGCGUUCCAGCUGGCGACUUCGCAAGGCCCCCUCUGUCGCGAACCUAUGCAGGGUGUCGCCGUCUUUCUCGAAGAGAUCAGUCAGCAGCAGCAGCAGCAGCAGCAGACUGCACCCACCACCUCCUCCGACCCUUCUUCCAACGGCAGCAGCGUCGGCGACGAUAAUGACCCUUCAUCAUCCUCUGCGCUAGAAUCAGGCCGCCUGACAGGCGAACUGAUCACCUCCGUGCGCGAAACCAUCCGCUCCGCCUUCCUCGACUGGUCCCCCCGCAUCCUGUUGGCAAUGUACAGCUGCACGAUCCAAGCCACGCCCGAAGUCCUAGGCCGUGUCUACUCCGUGCUCACACGCCGACGGGGCUCCAUCCUCUCCGAAGCGCUGCUCGAAGGCACGCCGUACUUCACCAUCAGCGCGACCUUACCUGUAGCCGAGUCAUUCGGGUUCAGCGACGAGAUCCGCAAGCGCACGUCGGGCCUGGCCCAACCGAUGCUGCAGUUCGUCGGGUUCGAGGUCGUGGAUGAUGUCGACCCCUUCUGGGUGCCCCGCAGCGAAGAGGAGCUAGAGGACCUGGGCGUGCAUGGCGAGAGGGAGAAUGUUGCGAAACGAUACGUCGAUGCUGUGAGGAGGCGUAAGGGUUUGCUUGUUAGGGGCACCAGGGGCGUGGGGAGGGAUGCCGAGAAGCAGAAGACUCUCAAGACGAAUUGA